UUCUGUUAUCUAAGCAUGGCCUCCUCUCCCAAGUUUAAAAUAUGCACUUCAAUUCUUUCGUUCAGGAACGACACCGUUUGUUUAUGACGCAGUGAAGAACCCUAACCCUAACCCUAACCCUAACCCUAAGUAGUGUUCGCAUUCAUUGUAACGAUGGAAAACAUAUGCGUUUUGUUGACCUAUCCAGUUCCAGAAUACCUUGUACAAAGACUCGAAAAACGAUUUACAGUCUUCAAGUUCCGUGAGGUUGCUUCGAACCCUCAGUUCCUAAGAGAAAUCUCAAAUUCAAUUAGAGCAAUCGUCGGCACCGCCGUAUGCGGCGCCGACGCAGGACUCAUUGAUGCAUUGCCGAAGUUGGAGAUUGUGGCGAGUUACAGUGUAGGUUUCGAUAAGAUCGAUUUGGUGAAGUGCAAGGAGAGAGGCAUUACCGUUACAAACACGCCCGAUGUGCUUACGGACGAUGUGGCGGACUCGGCGAUCGGGUUGGCUUUGGCAACGUUAAGGCGAAUAUGCGUCUGUGAUCGGUUUGUGAGAAGCGGGAAAUGGAAGAAAGGCGAUUUUGAAUUGACCACAAAGUUCAGUGGUAAAUCCAUUGGAAUUGUUGGGUUGGGCAGGAUAGGUUCAGCAAUUGCAAAGAGAGCUGAAGCUUUUGGCAGCUCAAUUAGUUACCACUCCAGAUCAGAGAAACCAGAAUCGAAUUACAAAUAUUAUUCUAACAUAAUCGACUUGGCCACCAACUGUCAAAUCCUCUUUGUGGCAUGUGCUCUGACCAAAGAAACGCACCAUAUUGUUGACCGCAAAGUCAUUGAUGCACUGGGUCCAAAAGGCAUUAUCAUCAACAUUGGACGGGGUGCACAUAUUGACGAACCUGAGCUUGUGUCUGCACUGCUUGAAGACCGGUUGGCUGGUGCAGGGCUGGACGUGUUUGAACAUGAGCCAGAGGUACCUGAAGAACUGUUGGGGCUUGAAAAUGUAGUCCUCCAACCUCAUGCGGGAAGCGAUACCGUGGAAACGAGUGUGGCAAUGUCAGACCUUGUAAUCGAUAACCUACAGGCAUGCUUCCAAAACAAACCUGUCUUAACUCCAGUCAUUUGAUUUGUCGUAAGGUAUGUGGACAUGAUCACUUAAAGUCAUUCAGAUGGGAUUUGAAUCAUUUGAUUUACCGUCUGAAUUUGAUUAAAAUGUUAAUAAAAAUUGAUGUAAAAUUGUCAUUAAGACUUCUAUUCAGACAAUAUAUAUGAAAGUGUUUGGGAUCAAAA